UCGGGGGGUAGAGUUACGUUAUCUCUUGUGUGAACACGUAGUUUAUAGCCUAAUGAAGAAAGUUCAACCUGCUUGUACUUAUGUCUUUUAACCUAACACCCUCUUUAAGCAGGGAGCCUGUGGCUCCUGCUAACCUGUGAGAAGGGACUUCCUCUCGAGUCAUCUUCUUGGUUUCAGCAGCGUGAGGGCUGGUGAAUGACGUGGUACCUUUUGCCCUAGCAGCUCAAUUCCCCUUCAGUCACCCAAUGCUCUCAUCUCUUCCCUGCUGUCUCCUCUCAGCUCCUCUCAUCUCCUCUUAUCUCCGCUCAUCUCCUUAGUCUUCUCUUCUCUUCAGGUUUCACUGCUGCUUUUCUUAUGGAGAUUCUUCCUUUCUGUAGAGGACUUUUCCUUCUCGUAGCCUCUAUUUCUCUGGUCGGUCCCAGUCUGCUCGUGGACCAGCACACCAGUGGACACGCAGGCCGCUACCAGCCUGCCCUGCAGCCAUCCCAGUCUGUACCGGACACAGGAACCUACCUCUUGGAAAGCACAAGCGGUAAACUCUGUUUAAAAGCCACGAUGGGCUUGGGUUACACUGUGAUCAUCAAGAAGAAGAGCUGGUACUACAACGUGGACCCCUCCAUGUUGCUGGUUUCUGGGCACUGUGGCACCAAUGCAGUGACCCUCUCACUCACACUCCCUAACAACUCUGCCAGCCUCCAGCUGACCUACUCUCUGGUGGACAGUGUCUCUUAUGUCUCCAAACUGUCAGUGCACAUCUCCCCUCAGCCAGCCUGCGAUGGAUGUAGCAGUGGGACGUACCCCGGGGAGCUGAGCAACAUUAGUCUGUUCCAGGCCCCCCCCGGGGAGAGCUACCAGUGCUCCUCUCAGAUCCUGCUCGUGAUGACGGAGGAGCUGCAGGUCAGGCUGGUCCCCCUCCAGAUCCAGGCCUUCAAGGUCCCUGAUGGCGGGUACGGCCAAGAGGUGAUGUGCCCGGCGGACUACAACAGUGCCGUGGUUCCCACGAUCCUCUGGGCCACGGCCUUCGGCCUGCUGCUGAUCGCCGUGCUCACCUACCUCCUCGUCAAGGACCGACGUGGGACCGGCUACCAGCGGCUGUAACGCCUGCUGUGUGUGAACAGACACACACGCACAUACACACGCACACACACACACACACACAGACACACAUAUGCACAGACAUUCACACACAUGCAGAAGCAUGACCAUUAAAUGACUGAUAUAAUAUAUAUCCGUGGGGUCGGCUCAGCUCAGCUACGGCAGUUGUCUUGUAACCGAAAGGUUGCUAGUUCUAUCCCCAGCUCCUCCUAGCUGAGUUCUGAUGUGUCCCUGAGCAAGACACUUAACCCUAACCGCUCCUGACGAGCUGGCUGUCGCCUUGCAUGGUCGACUCUGCCGUCGGUGUGUCAAUGUAUGUAUUAACCGAUGUAAGUCGCUUUGGACAAAAGCGUCUGCUAAAGGCCCUAAUUGUAAUUGUAAUAUAUAGUACGUUAUAUAAUAUUUAUAAUAUGGUACUGGGAGGGCUUCCAUAGGAUUGACAAAGAUGCAGAGAGCUUCAGGGCUUGAUAAUUUAAGUGUAUCCUGCUUCUGUGUGUCUAAAAUUACAUUAAAGAUUACUUCUAUG